AUGAACAGUGAAACCACAACUCUGAUAUCCUUGAAGGAGGCAAUGAAAAGAGUAGACCACAAACUUCAAGCUUUAGAAGUACAGUUCAAAGAAUUGGACAUCACCAAGGAUAAUCUGACACAGAAAUUUGAACAUCACAGCAAGACUUUGGCAAGUCAAGCAGCUCAAGAUGAGAUGUGGGCAUCUGUUUUGAACCUCAAGUUCACUUCAAUGGAAUUGAACAUUUUAUACAGCUACGUUGUUGAAGUACUUACUUGCUUGCACACUCGAGUGUGUGAGAAGCUGCCAGAUCUGGUGAGAGGUCUUCCUACCUUAACCUCUGUCCUUAGAAGAAAAGUCAAGAACAAGCGCAUUAGAGUUGUGUGGGAAUCUGUGCUGGAGGAGUGUGGGUUGCAAGAAGGAGAUAUCACAGCACUUUGUACCUUCUUUGUUGCACAUGGUAGUAAGGCAGAAUACUAUGUUGCUAAAGUGAGACAGAUGUACAUCAGAGAUAUCACAUUCAUGAUCACUAAUAUGGUAAAAAACCAGGCUUUGCAGGAUGGCUUGUUGAGGGCUGUUCAGGUCAUUGAGAAAGGCAAAGCAGUGAGAACCCCUGAAGAGCAAAAGUCAUCCCUGAAAGAGUUGAUACCAACAAUCAAGAAAUAA